UUGGACGAUCAGUUGGUCGAUCAGUUGGACGAUCAGUUGGUCGAUCAGUUGGUCGACCAGUUGGACGAUCAGUUGGUCGACCAGUUGGACGAUCAGUUGGUCGAUCAGUUGGACGAUCAGUUGGUCGAUCAGUUGGUCGAUCAGUUGGUCGAUCAGUUGGUCGAUCAGUUGGUCGAUCAGUUGGUCGAUCAGUUGGUCGAUCAGUUGGUCGAUCAGUUGGUCGAUCAGUUGGUCGACCAGUUGGUCGACCAGUUGGUCGACCAGUUGCUCGAUCAGUUGGUCGACCAGUUGGUCGACCAGUUGGUCGAUCAGUUGGUCGAUCAGUUGGUCGACCAGUUGGACGAUCAGUUGGUCGAUCAGUUGGUCGAUCAGUUGGUCGACCAGUUGGUCGACCAGUUGGACGAUCAGUUGGUCGAUCAGUUGGUCGAUCAGUUGGUCGAUCAGUUGGUCGACCAGUUGGACGAUCAGUUGGUCGACCAGUUGGUCUAUCAGUUGGACGAUCAGUUGCCCAACCAGUUGGUCGAUCAAUUGGUCGAUUGA